CUCAUUUACUAUAGGCUUUUUUUUUCACUCAUUCAUAAUACAGAGUUCAGCUAUUAGAACUAGUCAAAGUGUCUAAUCUAGUGUUAAAACAGUUCCGAUUGACCACACCAAAGCUCAAUACUUCAACUAGGAGCUAUACACAAAGGCGUUGGAUCAAUACACAGAACAAGAGACUUAUUACCAAACCAACUAAGAUGUCCGGUCAAGCUGCUGAGUUCUCUAGAGAGAACCUUGAGAAUGUUUUGAAGCGUCGUUUCUUCUUUGCACCAUCCUUUGAAAUCUAUGGUGGUGUCUCUGGUCUGUACGACUACGGUCCACCAGGUUGUGCCUUCCAGGCCAACAUUGUGGACACCUGGAGAAAGCAUUUCAUCUUGGAAGAAGACAUGCUAGAAGUUGACACCACCAUGUUGACGCCAUACGAGGUGUUGAAGACAUCUGGUCACGUUGACAAGUUCUCCGACUGGAUGUGUAGAGACUUGAAAACCGGUGAGAUCUUUAGAGCUGAUCAUUUGGUUGAAGAGGUUUUGGAAUCGAGAUUGAAAGGUGACAAAGAGGCCAGAGGAUUGGUCAAGGAUGCCAAUGCCGAUGCUGCUGAUGACGCAGAGAAGAAGAAGCGUAAGAAGAAAGUUAAGGAGAUUAAGGCUAUCAAGUUGGACGAUGAGGUUGUCACUGAAUACGAAACAGUCUUGGCCAAGAUUGAUGGUUAUUCCGGUGAAGAGUUGGGCGAAUUGAUGAAGAAGUACAACAUCAACAACCCAUCCACUGAUGGUCCAUUGGAACCACCAAUUGCCUUCAAUUUGAUGUUUGAAACUGCUAUUGGUCCUUCUGGCCAGUUGAGAGGUUUCCUCAGACCAGAGACUGCUCAAGGUCAAUUCUUGAACUUCAGCAAGUUGCUCGAUUUUAACAACUUGAAGAUGCCAUUCGCUUCUGCUGCAAUUGGUAAGUCUUUCAGAAACGAAAUUUCCCCAAGAUCUGGUCUCUUAAGAGUCCGUGAGUUCUUGAUGGCUGAGAUCGAACACUACGUUGAUCCAGAGAACAAGUCUCACGAGAGAUUCCACGAAGUUAAGGAUGUUGUCCUCAAGUUCCUUCCAAAGGACGUCCAACAGGCUGGUUCAACUGAACCAAUUCAGAAGACUAUCGGCGAGGCCGUUGCAUCUGGUAUGGUUGAUAACGAAACCUUGGGUUACUUCAUUGCUAGAAUUUACCAAUUCUUGAUCAAGAUUGGUGUUGAUGAGAACCGUUUGAGAUUCCGUCAACACAUGGCUAACGAAAUGGCCCACUACGCUGCUGACUGUUGGGAUGCUGAGUUGCACACAUCCUAUGGUUGGAUUGAGUGUGUUGGUUGUGCUGACAGAUCUGCUUAUGAUUUGACUGUGCACUCCAACAGAACGAAGGAAAAACUUGUUGUCAGACAAAAACUUGAUGAACCAAUCACUGUUACUCAAUACGAGAUUGACUUGGAAAAGAAGAAGUUUGGUCCAAAGUUCAGAAAGGAUGCACCACUCGUUGAGAAGUUCUUGACUAGCCAAUCCCAAGAAGAUCUUAUCAAGAUGAAGGAUGAGUUGAAGAACAACGGUAAGGUUGUCUUCAAGGUUUCUGGUAUCGCCGGUGAGAUUGAAUUGGAUAACACCUUUAUCAACAUUGAACAAAGAACUCACACCGAACACAUUCGUGAAUUCACUCCAAACGUCAUUGAACCAUCUUUCGGUAUUGGUCGUAUCAUUUACUCCAUCUUUGAGCACAGAUUCUGGAGUAGAGCCGAGGCUACUGAGAGAUGUGUCUUGUCAUUCCCACCAGCCGUUGCCCCAACAAAGGUUCUGCUCGUUCCAUUGUCCAACCACGAAGAUUUGACUCCAAUUGUCAAGAACAUCUCCAAGGUUUUGAGAAAGCAACAAAUUCCAUUCAAGGUUGACGACUCUGGUGCUUCAAUCGGAAAGAGAUAUGCCCGCAAUGAUGAGUUGGGUACUCCGUUCGGUAUCACCAUCGACUUUGACUCUGUUAAGGACCACUCCAUCACCUUGAGAGAGAGAGACUCCACAAAGCAAGUCAGAGGUUCCAUCGAGGAUAUCAUCAAGGCCAUUAAGGAGAUCACCUACGAAGGCUCAACGUGGGAAGAGAGCACAAAGGCCUUGACCCCAUUCGAGACCCAGGCUGCUGAUGACGAGUAAAGAAAGAGAAACUACUCAACAUUGGCAAUGUACAUGUAUCGAUAGACUUCAUGAAAGAAGCAUAUCUACACUAUGUUAAGCAUAUUGAUCUGUUAAUGAUAUGAUCCAAACACGUGUAG